GAGUAAAGCUAGGUUUGCCAAACCAGGGAGCCGAUCCCGGCUUAUUAGGAAAAAAGAAGAGGAAAGUGCCUGCUCUUUCCCUUUCGAUCUCUCUCUAGUAUCUAUUCUCACUAUUCCUAUUCAUUUUCUCUCUCUUCUGCAACAACAAAAGGAUCUGUGAAAAUGGCGGCAUCUACUAGAAGAUCACGCGGACCAGUUCUCCGAUCUCUCUCUCCUUCCGGCAGAUUCUGCAAUUCUCGCUAUUCUUCGCCUUCCUGUUCCUCCACUGCUUUUGCUUCAUCUAGCUCAAGCUUUUCUUCUCGCUCCACAACCUUCUUCCCCCGUUCGACCUCUCCCACAAGUGUCAAACUCUGUGGUUCAUCUGGUAGCUCUGCUCCUUCCGUUCGGUUCUCUGUGGAACGUUCCAUCUCUCCGAAGAGGUCAAUCUCUGUCACUCCUCGAUCCGGCUCCAGCAACGCUAGCCAAGUGGUUCAGAAACCGAGCCAUCAGAAGCGAACCUGCAUGUGCUCCCCGACCACGCAUCCUGGAUCCUUUCGAUGCAGCCUUCACAAGGGCUUUGCCUCCCGCUCGGUGGGUCCGUACUCUCCGAACAGGCUCAACGCGCGUAGAUCAGCGAUGACGAACUCUCUUGUGCGAAUCGGCGGCGUUGAGGGAGAUCUGGUGAAGAGAGCCUUGUCGGCGUUGAUUCGCCCGUCGUCGCAUCAGCAAAGGAGGCGGGCAGAUUUCCAGCCGAGGCCGAGUAGGCUUUCGGUCAUGUCCAAAGCUGAAGGUUCAUGAGGUGCAUUUUUGUGUACGAUUUGAGUUCUUGAUUGCGGCGUUCCCUGGCGAGGUAGCACCCGACCUGACGACCGGUGAGGACGGCAGCUGCGGCAGCAGAUUUGGCGUUAGAUUCCAUGAAAUGGUGGGAGAUCUGAUUGCUGCGGUGUCAAUUCGGAUUGGACUCUGUUUUUUGGUUCUCCGGAGACGGAAAUGAGAUCGACGACCCAUGAUUAUCUUCGCGCGCGAGCCUGUAUAUAACUACAUAUAUAUAGAACUUCGAUGAAUCACUGGCUGCCAAUAUGGCAAUUCUGGGUGCUUCUGGACUUAAUUUCAACGAAAUAUCAAUUAACAUAUAACACCGAUUUUAACCAAAAUAUAAAUCCAUCCUAACUUCAAUUUGAUUCUUCUCAUUACCCGAACAAUCCGUGUGUUUAUUGUCCUGUUCGCCGGGAAUUGACACCAUUUCCUUUCCAUGUCAAA